GCCGCCCGCAGCCGCCGCGGCCCGGCGCCCGCCCGUGUCCGUGUCCGUGUCCGUGUCCCUGUCCCUGUCCCUGUCCCUGUCCCUGUCCGUGGACGUGGACGAUGGUGGCGGCCCGGGGCGCUGCCGCCCGCCGCGGAACGCUGCUGCUGCUGCUCACCGCCCUCGGAUCCUUCCGUCUGCGCCUCGCCCGUGCCGCAGCAUCGUGUCCCCGGAGCCUGGACUGUGCCCUGCAGCGUCGGGAGUUCUGCCCGCCGGGGUCAGGUGCCUGUGGGCCCUGCCUGCCCCCCUUCCAGGAGGACGACCGCGGGCGCUGUGUCCAGAAGCAGCUCUCACCCAGUGGACGGACCUCUGUUCCCAGCUUGGAGGCAGAAAUCGAUUUUCUCGCGGAUGUGCUGGCCAGGCAGGAGGCUCCUCGCCACCACCCACUAGAGGAUGGCAGACCCAAGACCACCCUGGUGCCCAGCGGUGGCAGACAGCAUGUGGCCAGUGGGCUGAGAGAGGGGCAUCUGCAUCUGCAGCAGGGUCCCGCUGGCACCAUGGCAGCCACCACCCUUCCUACCACUGCCACAGUCCAGAAGUACCCGGUGGAGGCGUCCCCCAUCCCUGAAAAUGACAACAUGGUGCUCGGGCUGAUCGUGGUGUGCACAGUGGCCGGGAUCUCGGCGCUGAUUGUGGCGGCCAUCUGCUGGUACAGGCUGCAGAAGGAGGUCAGGCUGGCACAGAAAGCAGACUACUCAGCCCAGCGAGUAGCCAGCCCCCUGCCUUACGACAAGAUCUCGGUAAGGUGUCCGUGUCCCUCCCUGUGGGGUGUUUGCCACUCGGGCCUCAGUGCUCUGCUGGAGGGAUUCCCUCACCGUGGAGGCCCUCCACCACCCAGGCUGGGGCCCAUCAAAGCCCAGUCUCCACAGCUGUUCCUGCUCUCUCCACAGCCUGGGGACAAGACGCUGGCUCAGAGUGCCCAAAUGUACCACUACCAGCACCAAAAGCAGCAGAUGCUCUCCCUGGAGAAGCAUAAAGAGGAGCCCAAGCUGCCGGACUCAGCAUCAUCUGAUGAGGAGAAUGAGGAUGGAGACUUCACCGUGUAUGAGUGCCCUGGGCUGGCUCCGACUGGAGAAAUGGAAGUGAGAAACCCGCUGUUUGACGACUCCUCCUUACACCCCUCCGACCCCAAGUCGCACCAGUAACCACCCCGAGCUUGCUGCAGACUGUGCCCGCGGCCGUGCCCAGCGGGGUGGCCGUGCCGGGGGAGCACCCACAGCUGGGCCGAGGGACCUGCCAGACUGUUCCACGCCUGCCCAAUAAACACCCACUAACAGCUAUGGAGGGGGGGAUCGCCCCCUUUUCCAGCGUCCUUGUCCUCUUUGCUGCUGUGAUCGCGUCCCUGCAUUGCCGUUUGCUCACAGCUCUCGCGGGCGCAGGGGGGCAGCUGCUUUGGCACAGAAAUCGGUAGGGGAAGGAGGGGAGGGCUGUGGCACUGUCCCUUUGUAGUUGGCUUUGAGGAGGGGGCUGCUGCCCUAGCUGAAGCUAGGCUCAUGCGUAGCAGCUAGGAGGGAGCCAGAGAGAGGGGCAGAAAGCAGGAGAGAGCCAGGAGGGCUGGGCAUGCUCAUGCCUGGCAUCAGGGCUGCCAGCCUGCCCAGAGCCCCUCUGCCAGGGAUGGGGCCUUUUCCUGGAGCAGGUGGCAACACUAAGGGCUUCAGUGCCCAUUCUGCCUCCUGCACCCCAGCCUGGGCAGCUCCUGGCAGCAGGACAGUGCUCUGGGAGCCAGUGGCAGGAGCAGGAGCAGCACAAGCAGGCACCGGCAUCACUCCCCAGGUUGCUCCUUCAGAUGCUGCCCUGUGCUCUGACCCCUUUAGGAGUGCUGGGCUUCAGGACAGUCCCAGUGCCACUGGCCCACAUCAGUCUGUGCUGGCAGAGGAUGGGCUCUCUCUUAUCACAGGCCUCAGUGGGGUAAAAGCUCAGAAAAAGUGUUCAAGGUUUUGUUUUUAAGCUUAUGUGGCUGUGGGGGAGGAAGGAACAGGACUGGAGGGAGCUGGGGUGGCUUGAGAGGGGUAGCCAAGGCAUGGGGGCUUUGCUGUGCUGCUUCAAACCCCACAGAGCCCAUGCCCUGGCAGCAUCCAUGUGGAGCCUGGCACUGUGCAUUCUCUGAGCAUCCCUCUGUGGCAGAUGACAGUCUCCAAAGCUCCAUCCUAGGCACCUUUCAGGCCGCAGACUCCCUGCAUCCCUUUGUUGCCUGCAUCCAGCCUCACCAACAUGUUCUUGCUUGGAGCCCAGUGCUGCUCCUCAAACCCUCCCGGGUGCAUAGGCCAUGAACCCCUCCAGUGGAAGGCCCAGAACAGGGUUUGGAUUACUUUGCACACGUGUGGCUUCAUGUCCAGACCCUGUUGUGGACUGUCACGGCCACAGGUCACCGGUUAUGCUCCCUGGAGCCAUUGCACACUCAGACAGGCAUGGGCAGGGCAGGUAGCAGUGGCAGGGAUGUGCUGGUGAGUGGUGGUGGCUUGGGACCGUCCCUGUCCCUGGCGGGGUGGCUGACAGAGGCCAUCACUGCACAGAUUCUGUCCCCAUGUCCUGUACUCCCCCUCCCCUGGGCUGCUGCCACUCUUCCCACACCUCUCGUUGUUGUUGUAUGAAUUGUAGUUCUUUUAAAAGGAGAUUUUAUUAAACGACCAUGUUUGAGACCCA